UUGAUCCUGAACCAAUUGGAGAAGGUGGUUUUGGCAAAAAACAAUGGAAAAGAGGAAUGGAUCAACAAAAACUGCGGCAACAAAUUAAGAAAAAAAAAAUUGUUUUAGAAGAAUUAAUCAAUUUAAUCAAGGAAGAACUUAAGGAAAAAGAAGUUGCUUUAAAAAACCUAAUCAAUUUAACCAAGGAAAAAAAAGGUCGGAAUAAACUUAAACUUUUUGACUCUAAACGGAAAGCAAAAGAAGAAAAGUUAAAUUCACUUUUUCAAAAAUUUCCUCUUACUAAAGAAGAAUUUAUUAAGGAAUUAGAAAAUAUCGAGCCUGGAUUGAGUGAAAAACUAACUGAGAAAGAAAUAAAUAAUCUUUGUCAGACUAAAGAAGAAUUAAACCAACUACAAGCAGAGUUAGAAAACUUGUUAACAGUUGUCCUUAAAAUCCUUAAUAACUCCCAAAAUAAUACUGAUUUUCUUGAUGAAACUGCCAAACACAAAAUAAUCGACGACUGGUUUAACAACAUUGUUCCUUGUUAUGGUUUAUCCCAAGAUCCAAAAACCAAAAACUAUCUCAUGGUCAUGCAAUACAUCGAAGGAGGAGACCUCAGAAAAUAUUUAAAAAACAAAAAUUUAACCUUUAAAGAUAAACUUUCUCCUCAUGACAAUGAUUUAGUAAUACAAAUUUGUCAAGGACUUCGUCCGAGAUUUAAAGUUAAAAUCCCUCAACUAUUAAAGGAUUUAAUCGGACGAUGGGAAGUAAACAGCCAAAAAAAUACUGAGUUCUUUAAACAAUUCAAAGAAAGAGAGCAAUUUUUAAAUAAUUUAACUUCUUUUGAUUAUAAGAUUCACCCUUCGGCAUUUUAUACUAGUCGUUUGUUAGAUUUUAAUAAUUUGCCAGAACCUCAAAAUAGUAAGGAGAUUAAUGAUAUAUUUUAUAAUGCCGGACAAACAGGACAGUUUGAUUUAGAAAUUCCUGAUGAAUUAGAUCAAUUGAACCUUUCCGAAAAUCAAUCAACCGAACAAACCCCCGAACAACAAGCCCUCCAAAUCCAACCGGCUUAUGGCACUCCUG